AGAUACAUUACCCAUUUUCAACAUAUACCAUUUUUAUUUAUCUUUUAUUAAAUAAAAAUUAAUUCACGAGAAAUGCAUGUGAGAAAAAGAUAGCUUCGAACACGGAAAAGAGUCAUUUUUUUCUUCACCUUUUCCAUAAAAUUGAGUACAUUUCAUUUUGUUUCGUUUCGGUUCCAGUGAAGUUCUGCGAGUGAACGUUACUUUCUCAGCUCCUCUCUCCUCUCUGCUUCAAACCCUAGAAACCAAUCCUCUCUUUUCUCAUCAAUGGCUUCGCUGUCUUCUCCACCGCCAAAUUCAGCUUCACUCUCAGAUGAACAUGGACUUCCUCCUCAGCUCAUCCCUACUCCAAACUAUAAGAAUUUAUUGAUACAGUUUACACAGAGGGCAAACAUUGCAUUGCCGGAGUACCGAACGCAAAACGAGGGAGCAAGUCAUGCACCUGAGUUUAGAUGCAGUGUGUUGGCAGAUGGAUUGGUUUUCACUUUGCCAAAUACUUUCUUCCAUAUAAGAGCUGCUGAGCAGGAAGUCUCCAGGGUUGCGUUGGUGUAUCUGGUCAAGAAGAUUAAAGACGAAGGGCGCUCGAUCAUUUCCAAGAGUGUUACAUUUUGCAAGGGAGUGCUAAAUGAGUAUGCUAAAAAGCUCAAUGUAAAACCACCUACAUACAACACUGUGGAGUAUAAAAAGGUGAUUCCAUAUUUUGUAUGUACUAUGGAUUUCAACUGUACAAGUUACAUUGGAGAAGCAGCUAGAAGAAAAAAGGAUGCGGAGGAUUUAGCAGCUCGUGCCGCUAUUCUUUCAAUCCUAGAUAACUCCGACUCGGGAAUCAUGCUGGGUCAGAUGAUCAAGGCAAAAGCUAUGCUUUUUAAUUCUGUUCAAUUGAAGACCUUGCUGCCCACUUGUGAUAAUGUAAUUGUCUCGGUAGAAAAGACUGCACUUUCCUGUGAGCUUGUCCAGGGACUGAAGGAUGAAAACAAGGGCAUUGCUGAUCCUGCGGAUAAUGAUAAUACUAAUAAGAUUGAAACUGCACGUUCUGAGCCUGGCCUAGUUGUUUCCACACAUCAACGACCUGAGAUGCCAAUGCCUGAGCCAGCACCUGAAGCUGCAAAGUCUCCAAAUGGUUCUCAGCAACCAGAGAUGCCAAUACCUAAGCCAGCACCUGAAGCUGCAAAAUCUCCAAAUGGUUCUCAGCAACCAGAGAUGCCAAUACCUAAGCCAGCACCUGAAGCUGCAAAAUCUCCAAAUGGUUCUCUGCAACGAGAGAUGCCAAUACCUGAGCCAGCACCUGAAGCUGCAAAGUCUCCAAAUGGUUCUCAGCAACCAGACAGUGCACUUCCUAUUGAUAAUGCUGUGAGUGCAAGAAAGCGUAGAAGGAACAAUUACAGGGCUAAUAAGAAGGCACGGAUGCAAGCUGAGUUAAAAGCUUUAUCUAGCGGCGAAGUCCAUCCUCUUUCUGUGGCACAGUAAUUAGAUAGAAGUUUGAGGGAAUUCUUUUUUUUUAUUUUCAAGUUGUUCCUAGUUGUGGCAAUAUGUUAUGUUUGCGUUACUAUGCUCCGCAAAAGUGCAACAAGUGAAGCUAAUAAGUUUAAUACUAUGACAGGAGGAAUUGAACAAACUCAUGCAUAUAUAAGUGCGUUGCUCUUUAAAUGGGUUGCUCUUUAAACUCUAUGGAGUGUUUCUUGACCACCAUGAAAAUUUAAAAAUAAAGAUGCAUAUUUAGAUGCACAUUUUUCACACA